GCUCGAUAUUCCCCAAAAACAAAAACCACAUCUCAAUCGUUCGCCUGGAAAGGCUCCUCCUUCCAUUCACCUCAUCCCCUCCAUUUCUAGGGUUAGGGUUUUUCUUUUUAUAUGGAAUCUUCUCCUUCAACCUCCGCACGUUGCUGCUGCAUCAUUCCCUACCUCUGUUGCGACUCCAUGAGCUGUUGUUGUUGCACCAUCUGUCGUCGCUCCUGUUCAUCUCUCUAAUUCUCAAUAUACCCAUCUCAAAAAUCUCCCCCUUUUCCCAUUUUACCCCUCUCUUCUCUCUCUCAUGGAUCUCUCACAUCACCAAUCUAAUCUAACUCUCUCCUUCCACCCGUCGAUCGCCGACGACUCCAUUGGCCGAGACCCGUCCCUGACCGUCCGAUCGAUCCCCCUUCAAUUGCUGGAGCCACAGCCGGAUAAUUCCUCCACCGUAGAUCAAGAACUGCCCGACAACAACGACGACGGAGAGCCCCGUGAUGAGGAGGAAUUCAUCAUUCUGGGCCACUCCAUGUGCUUGAAACGACGCAAGAUCGACUCCGAAUCCUCGUCAUCUGCGCUGCCCUUGAAGCGGCCCCCUGCUGAUCUUGAGACCCGGCGAGCUGCAGUUCGGUCCUGGGCCAACCAGCCCCUCUCUGCCACUGACCCCGACAUUUAUGAAAUCAUGGAGAAGGAGAAGCAGCGGCAAUUCAGGGGAAUCGAACUGAUCGCAUCUGAGAACUUCGUGUGCCGGGCGGUCCUCGAGGCGCUUGGCAGCCAUCUCACAAACAAGUACUCUGAGGGCAUGCCGGGUGCGAGAUACUAUGGUGGGAACCAGUACAUUGAUCAGAUUGAGAUGCUCUGCUGCGAGCGGGCUCUUGCGGCAUUCCACCUCGACCCCGAGGGCUGGGGUGUGAAUGUCCAGGCGUACUCAUGCACCUCUGCCAAUUUCGCGGUCUACACGGGCCUGCUUCUCCCGAAGGAUCGGAUCAUGGGGUUAGAUUCACCGUCGGGUGGGCACUUGAGCCACGGGUACUAUACACCGAGUGGGAAGAAGGUUUCAGGCGCGUCGAUCUUCUUUGAGAGCUUCCCAUAUAAGGUGAACCCAUUAACGGGGUACAUUGAUUAUGAUAGGCUUGAGGAUCGGGCAGUGGAUUUCCGUCCCAAGAUACUGAUUUGUGGGGGGAGCUCAUACCCACGGGAAUGGGAUUAUGGACGGUUUAGGCAUAUUGCCGAUAAGUGCGGCGCCGUGUUGAUGUGCGACAUGGCCCAUAUUAGUGGCCUCGUGGCUGCUCAGGAGUGCGCAAGCCCCUUCGACUAUUGUGAUAUUGUUACCUCAACGACUCACAAAAGUCUCCGGGGUCCAAGGGGAGGUAUAAUCUUUUAUAGGAAAGGGGCGAAACCAAGAAAGCGAGGGAUGUCUCUUUGUCAAGGAGAUGAAGCUGAUCAAUAUGAUUUUGAGGAGAGGAUAAACUUUGCUGUUUUCCCAUCAAUGCAAGGUGGGCCCCACAACAAUCACAUUGCAGCCCUAGCAAUAGCAUUCAAACAAGUUGCUACGCCAGAGUACAAAGCAUACAUGCAUCAGGUCAAGAAAAAUGCUCAGGCUUUAGCAUCUGCACUGAUGAAGAGAAAAUGCAAAUUGGUGACUGGUGGGACAGACAACCAUUUGUUGCUGUGGGAUCUAAGAAAUAUGGGUUUAACAGGUAAGAACUACGAGAAGGUCUGUGAGAUUUGCCACAUUACUCUGAACAAAAGUGCCAUAUUUGGUGAUAAUGGUGCUAUUUCUCCAGGAGGCGUGAGGAUAGGCACGCCUGCUAUGACAUCGAGAGGCUGUUUAGAGGGUGAUUUUGAGACAAUUGCUGACUUCCUUCUCAGGGCAGCACAGAUUGCAAGCUUUGUGCAGAGGGAACAUGGUAAGUUGCGAGCAGAUUUUCUUAAAGGUCUGCAGAACAACAAGGAUGUUGUGGAGCUUCGGAACCGUGUUGAGACGUUUGCUGCCCAGUUUGCAUUGCCGGCAUUUGACAUGUAAAUGCGUUUGAGAGUUGCUGACCAAGUGCUGUCCUUCUGCAUAUCCAAAACGCAUAUAUGGUGAGCAAUCUCAAUUCCUCAUUACCCCCUUUGGUGGCCUUCUUUUCUACACACUCUUUGUAAAUUAUAUAAGAUGGUCAUUUGUUAUUCAACGUCAGCAUAAAGUGCAAUUUUCUUGGUUCUGUCCACCUUGUUGCAUCUGGCGAGCGGAUCGGAUUCAUGUCAUUCCUCUCUUUGGCUUUUGUAGCCUCAUAGGAUGCUGUAAAUUAUAGAAGAUCGUAAAUUGAUACAAGUGCUCAUGUCGUUGAGUUGUUAUGUUUGGAGCCAUUUGUAAUUUUUUGUUUAUUGAACUCAUAUUGGAACAAUAAGUUCAGUGCAUAUUCUAUUUGCA